AAGCAGCAGAGGGCAGUGUCGCGCAGGGAGAGCAGCGAAGUGUGCUUAGUACCUCCCAGUCCUUCUUCCAGUGAUGUUUAUUUCAGGAAACGGGACAGUCAGUAAAUACAACUACAUUCUCGGGUGGUCCACGAAUCGCAGACGAAGGAAAGCAUGCUGAUGUUUGUGUGAACAGGACGUGAAGAUGGUGUUUGAGUCAGUGGUGGUCGAUGUCUUGAACAGGUUUCUGGGGGACUAUGUGGUGAACCUCGACAGCUCGCAGCUCAGCCUCGGCAUAUGGGGAGGUGAUGCCAUAUUAAGAAACCUUGAGAUAAAAGAAAAUGCCUUGAGUCAACUGGACAUUCCUUUCAAAGUCAGAGCAGGGCACAUAGGUCGUUUGGAGUUGAAGAUCCCUUGGAAGAACCUGUACACUCAGUCUGUGGAGGCCACGCUAGAUGAAGUUUACCUGCUCAUCGUGCCUACAGCUAGUAUAAAGUAUGACGCAGAGAAGGAGGAGAGACAGCUACAGGAAGCUCGGCAGAGGGAGCUGCAGCGGAUCGAGGAGACCAAACAGAAAGCAGCAGAAAAAGGUGCAGUAAAUCAUUUGAGCUCACUUUGGUUUUACAUGGAGACAGGUAACGUAGUUUGUGAAUUUGCAUUUGUGUUCUUGUAUUCAGAGAAUCCAAAGGCAGAGAAGCAGGACACGUUUGUGGAGAAACUGGUUACACAGGUGAUCAAAAACCUGCAAGUGAAGAUCUCCAACAUACACGUCCGCUACGAGGAUGAUGUCACCAAUCCCAAUGCUCCACUUUCAUUCGGAGUGUCCCUGCAGAACCUCAGUCUCCAGACAUCUGAUCAGAAUUGGAACCCAUGUCUUCUGGAUGAGAAAGCCAAGCUGUUUUUCAAGCUUGUACGUCUGGACAAUCUGUUUGCAUACUGGAAUGUGAAUUCAGAGCUCUACUCAAACCACAACCCUGAUGAGGCUCUGCGACACCUGAAGCACAGUGUAGCCAUCCAGAGCACUAUUCCUCAGGAUUAUCAUUUCAUCUUUCGUCCAAUAUCUGCAAAAGCCAAGCUGCGCAUGAAUCCGCGCUCCGAUGUGGAUUUCUCCUCACCGAAAGUGGAUCUAGUGGUCAACCUCCCUGAGGUGGCUGUUGAACUCAGCCGGCCACAGUACGUCAGCAUUCUGGAGCUGUUGGGGUCGGUGGAUAUGAUGACCCGUAACCUUCCAUACAGGAAGUAUCGUCCAGAUGUGGCAGUUCACACUAAUGCGCGUCAGUGGUGGCGAUAUGUGAUCACAGGCGUUUUGGAAGUCAACGUCAAGCCCCGCCUUCACAUGUGGUCAUGGCAACACAUCCGUAGCCAUCGGCAACAUGUGAAAAAAUACAGAGAGAUCUAUAAGAAUAAAAUCACCAGUAAGAAGCCUGCAGAGAGUCUGCUAAAGGAGUUUGAGGAGACUGAAAGAACCCUGGAUAUAUUCAACAUCACAAUGGCGAGACAGCAGGCUGAGAUGGAGGCCUCAAAGGCGGGGCUCAGGAUAUACCGUCCUGGGGUGAAGGUGGAGGAAGAACAGUCGCAGGGCUGGUUUGGCUGGAUGUGGAGCUGGUCUGGAGAGGAAAGCACACAAAUCAAAGAUGUCAAAACGGGAGGUUUUGAUGGGCUAAUGACCCCAGCAGAGAAAGCCAAACUAUACGCUGCCAUCGGAUACAGCGACACAGCCGUCAAUCCAAACCUGCCAAAAAAUUUUGAAAAUAUGAAGAUAAAUUUCCAGCUUAAUCGCCUGUCUCUGUCAAUCAAAGAGAGCCGAGAGAAGGCAGAGAUAAUCAAACUGUCCGUCAUUGAUCUGAAAGCCAUGCUGACUCAAAGACCUGCGGCUCAAGCAAUAAAGAUCUCUGCUCUGCUGUCAUCGUUUGAAGUGUCGGGUCUCCCACGAGGCAAGUCAGCCCCCAUCCUGCUGUCUCCACGUCAUGUGGAGGGGAAGAAAGAUACGACUCUGACUCUACUGAACCUCAUGUUUGAGACGAACCCACUGGACGCGAGUGCGGACCAGAGACUCCGCAUCGAGUCCCAGCCUCUAGAGAUCAUCUAUGAUGCUAUGACAGUGAACAGUAUGUCAGCUUUCUUCAUGCCUCCAAAAGACCUGCAGCUGGAUGAACUGACCAAUGCCACCCUCAUGAAGCUGGAGCAGUUCAGAGACAAGACCUCCACAGGACUCAUGUACAUCAUUGAGACUCAGAAGGUUCUGGAUCUAAAGAUAAACCUCAUGGCUUCAUAUGUCAUUGUACCAGAAAAUGGCUUUUAUGACCCCACACACAACCUUGCCAUUCUGGAUUUGGGUCAUUUCCAGAUGUCCAGUCAGAGCAGAGCCAACCUUCCUCAGCUGUCUUUGGGCAGCAGCACUAUAGAGGACAUCAUGUCUCGAGCUUACGACAGCUUCGAUGUCCAGCUCAGCAGUUUACAGUUCCUCUACACCAAAGCAGGUGGUGACUGGAAGUGGGCUCGUCCACUGAGACAGUCUGCUUUUCACAUCCUGGAGCCUGUCGACCUGAAGGUGGUCUUCAGCAGAGCCAUGGUGGUGACGGACUCACGAAUGCCCAAGUUUAAGAUAUACGGUGAGCUCCCUCUGCUGUCUCUGCGUAUCUCUGAUGAUAAAGUGCGUGGUGUCCUGGCAUUGCUCAGCAGCAUUCCACUUCCUGAGAGUCGCCCAGCGUCCCAGUCUAGAGCGUCACAAGUUACACCCAAGGCCUCCAAAAAAGGGAACACACCUCAGCUCACCCCUCGAAGACCAGCCAUAGAUGACCUGCGUGCAUCCAUCAUAUACGGCUCAGGUCAGACAAGCAGAUUCACAGAGAGACAGAACGAGGAGUUGUUCUUCGAUGCCCCUAGUUCACCGAUUGAGGAUCUGCCGUUCUUUGAGGCCUCGUCCGACUCUCUGAGGGGUUCAGCCUCUGAUAAGCGUCUGUCCAUGGUGCUCAAAGACCCCAAGAAGAACAUGACUGAGUUCCUCUUGAGAUUUGAGAUCAACAAGCUUUCCGUUCAGCUGUGUCGCUUGUCAGGCAGACAGGAAGUGAGCGUUCUGCAUCUGUUCAUUGAUGGAUUAGGGACAGAUCUCAAACUUCGUACCUUUGAUAUGUCGUCAUACACCUUCCUGCGUGAGAUCUGCCUUGAGUGUUCAGAGUACUUGGAUUCUGAGGACAAGAAAGUUCACCUUAUCACCACUCUGGAUAAUACAGAGGAAGAUCUGCUUACUUUGGAGUAUGUCAAGGCGGACAAAAAUGCACCAGAUUUUAAAAAUAUGUAUAAAAAUACAGAGCAACUAAUCAAGGUGAAUUUCUCCUCACUGGAUGUGCACCUGCACACUGAAGCACUCCUCAACUCCAUAAAUUUCCUGAAUAACCUCCUCCCACCACUGAAGAAAGAAGCACAAGAGGAGCAGCCCGUCCUACCCAAGGAGGAAGAGGAGGAAGAAGAGGAGGCAAAAAUAGAAGAUUCUGCUGUUACCAAGAAAUCUGCCUAUAAGAAGUCAAAGUUUGAGGAUGUGGUGAAUUUGCACAUCCGAGCAGACCUCAGCUGUCUGAAGGUCUUCAUAAGAGGAGAGAAAGCCAGGAUCUCUGAGAUCAGCAUAGAGGGGCUGGUUUCUGAAGUUCAGAUGAAGAAGAAGUCCGUAGAGAUUCUGGCUAACCUGAAGAACAUUGUAAUUCUGGAUUGUGACAAAGAGGCACUAUAUAAAAAGGCAGUGUCCAUUGCGGAUAAGGAGGUGUUUGAUUUCCGCAUGAAGAACCAUGUGAAUGCAACAGAGGGCGACGCCUACACAGACAUGCACAUUGUGGACACCAGUGUAACUUUGACUGUGGGCUGCAUUCAGGUUAUUUUCCUCAACAAGUUUGUGUCCUCAAUCCUGGCAUUUAUUAAUAAUUUCCAGGAGGCUAAAAAUGCAUUGGCAGAGGUGACAGCCCAGGCAGCAGAGAAAGCAGCUACAGGGGUUUUGGAGCUGGCAGAGAGAAGCACACGUAUCUCCCUGGAUGUAGACAUCAAAGCUCCGGUUGUCUUCCUCCCACAGUCCUCUGUUUCCCACAAUGUCAUUGUGGCAGAUUUGGGUUUAGUGACUGUAAAGAACCACUUUGAAAUUGUAUCCUCUCCAACACACACCAAGAUUCCCCCUGUCAUAGACAUCAUGGCUGUGGGACUGAGUGAACUUAAAAUGUACAGGACCACAUUCACUGAUGGACAGUUUAAGAGUGAAAUUCAGUUACUCAAACCAGUCAACAUGGACCUGUCAAUCAAACGCAAUCUUUCUGCCUCCUGGUAUCACAGCAUACCUGACAUCCAGAUUAAUGCUCACCUCAAACCCAUGAGUCUAAUCUUGAGUCAGGAGGACCUAACUAUAGUGCUGAAGACUCUAAGUGAGAAUCUGUCUGAGACUUCUGAAGCUUCUCCAGCUCCAUCCAGCUCUGAGAAAGGAGAUACGAUUUCUACCAAGGAUUCUCAGAGUUCUGGAGGGAACACUGUUGUGACCGCAGCAGUGGUGGAGGGCCAGAAAACAGGCAAACUAAAGAACACUCUGAAACUGGACUUCAAGUUUGACUCCAUGACACUGGUCCUGUACAGCCCAAACAGCGAGAUCCAGUUAUCAGACUCCCGUGAUGAGAGUUUGAAGUUGGCAGAGUUCAUGUUGGGCACCAUCUCCACCGCUGUGCACAUGUUCUCUGACAGCUCCAUGAAAGCAUCCCUCAAACUUACAAACUGUCUGCUAGAUGACAAGAGACAGAGGGUGAAAAUGAUCACAUCCAGGAUGAUGGCGAUGCGUCAGGGCAGGGAAGGUGAUGUGAUGGUAGACGUGAGUUACCGACAAGGCCGGGACGGCACCGUGCUGGACACCCUGGUUCAGGACAUCUAUCUGUGUGCCAGUAUGGAGUUCUUGCUCACAGUAGCUGAUGUCUUUGUUAAAGCUAUGGCAGACGGCUUCUCUGGUCCCCCUAAAAACAACAAACCCGCCAGUUCAUCUAAAGACCCUGCGGUUCCUGCUGUGCCAGUGGUUGCCAAAACUGAGAUGAACAUUGUUGUAAAGAAUCCUGAGAUCGUUUUUGUGGCCGACCUCACACGCGCUGAAGCUCCGGCUCUCGUUAUGACGACGCAGUGUGAGCUGGUGAUGAAGAACGAGCCCAGCGGUCAGUCGAUGACGGCUGCCAUUUCAGACCUGAAGGUGGUGGCAUGUCCGCUCCUGCGAGAGAAGCGGGAGCACAAUGUGACGACGGUGCUCCAACCCUGUCAGGUGUUCUUCCAGAGCAACCAGUCGCCUUCCCAGCCUCAGACCAUCGAGCUGUCCAUCAGCUCCCUCACGCUCAAGGUGUCUCCCAUCAUCAUAAACACCGUUAUCACCAUUCAGUCAGCGCUGACCCCUGCAGCCGAGACGCCUGAGGAGCUGGAGAGUCCUGUGCCACAGGAUCUGUGGGAACGUCGCAACCUGCGAGAUCUAAAGCUCUGGUUCCUGGAGGAGGAAGAAGAGAAAGUCACCCAGUCUGUCAUUCCCCUCGUUCCUCAUGGAGAGUCUCUCAAAAUGAACAUCCACUCCAUCUGCCUGACUCUGGAGGCUGGGGUGGGCCAUCGUACUGUGCCCAUGCUGCUGGCAAAAGCCUCGUUCCAGGGAGACGUGAAAAACUGGAGUACUCUCAUUAACCUGCACUGUCACCUGGACCUGGAGGUGAAUUAUUAUAAUGAGAUGAUGGGUUUAUGGGAACCACUGUUGGAGCCGCUGGACGAUGAGGAAAAAGACGGCUUCAGACCAUGGACUCUAGCAAUGAAGAUGAAGAAAAAGCCAGUCUCAUAUUCUGGAGUAUCUGAUGAGGUGGACGGCAGUGUGCCUGACUAUAAAACGGUCAUCAGCUUCACAAGUAAAGACCAGCUUAACGUCACCCUCUCCAAGUGCGGCCUCCACAUGCUCAGCAAUCUAGGAACGGCAUUUGCAGAUGCCACAAAGCAGACCGCUGAGUGCUUUCAAACAGACCAGGCUCCGUUUGUGGUAAAGAAUCGUUUGGGUUUGCCAGUGUCAGUGCUGCACAGCGAAGUGUUUAGACCCAUCGGUAAAGAGUCUAAAAAUCGUGUGGUGGAGCUCCAGGAUGGAGAGAGCCUGAAUAUGGACUACACCCUCACCGCUGAGUCCAGUGACCAAUUCUCAGCCAUGACCAGCCUCAGCGCCAAAAACUACAUUCAGCCCACUCCAGUUGGCCACACUACUGCAAGUGUGAUCCCACUAAUCAAAACAGGACGGGACAUGUAUAGCGUCAUGCACCGUGACUCAGGUGUCACACGCUUCUUUGUCUGUCAGAUUUACACCGCCGAGGGAAGUAAAUAUGUCAAGAUUCGCUCUCCUUUCCAGAUUAUCAAUCACUUUUCGGUGGCGUUCCGUGUUUAUGAGGGAUCUGAGUGUCUGGGCAUCUCUUCGCCUACAGAGGAGUUCUGUGUGCCGCUGGGCUCCUACAGAGCUGAACUGAGCCUGCAGCCUGUAACUGAAGGCGAGGAGCAGUACGACUGCUCCGAGGGUUUCACUUAUACUGAGGUGAUUCAGAAGCCCGGAGAGUGUCUGGAGAAAACCUGCCAUCAUCAUGGAGACAGCGCCCAGAUGCUGAAGGUCAACAUGAUUCCUGUUCCAGACGCUUUGAUGUCUCACAGCACUGAGGAGGAGUUUGACAAGCCCAUCAUUCUGCACCUGUGGCCCACCGUUCUCCUCCGCAACCUUCUGCCGUACCCCAUCACUUUCAAGAUAAAGGGCAAUGGAGAUUUCCCUCCUUCCGAACUAAAGGCGGGCCACUCCUCCCAGAUCCACACGGCGAUCAUGGAUUUCUCCAUUCUGGAGCUGAAGCUGCUGGGAUACCUGCAGCAGGACUGGGAGUCCAAGUACAGUCUGUGCAGCGACUGUGACGAGAUCAGCUUCAUCAAAUUCCGCUCGCUGGGAACGGAUGAGGAGACGGAGGCGAGGCCGGAGCUGGACAUCGCUGUCCAUGUUAAGAAGGAGGAGGGUCAGGUGGUGGUGGCCAUCCACUCCCCGUACUGGAUGGUGAAUAAGACAGGCAGACUGUUACAGUACAAGGCAGAUGAUCUUCAUCGCAAACACGCAAAGGACUACGACAUGCCCCUCCUUUUCUCUUUCAAGCCACGCAACUUUCUGCAGAACAACAAGAUUCGCUUGAUGAUUUCAGAAAGUGAAUUAUCAGAUGAUUUCUCCAUUGACACUGUUGGGAGUUAUGGUGACGUCAAAUGCAAAGGGAAACAGAAGGAUUACAUGGUGGGAGUGAAGAUAGAUGCAACCAGCUUCAGUUUGACACGGUUGGUGACAUUCCUGCCCUUCUACAUGCUGGUGAACAGAACCAAGCACAUAAUCCAAGUCUGUGAGGAAGGUCUGGAUCAGUGGACAGAGGCCCGACCCGGACAGGCUGCUGUUCCAUUCUGGCCAGAAAAAGACUCGAAGAAACUCCGAGUCAAAGUGGAGGGCAGUCGAUCAUCACCACGGGCGUUUUACUUCCACCAGCCAGAGAACUGCCUCCUGCUGCAUCUGGACAAAACCUUGGGCGGUAUUAUUGUGGAUGUGAAUCUGACAGAACAUUCUGCUGUGAUCCGGUUCUCUGACUACCACGAUGGUGCCGCUCCAUUCCUCCUCAUCAACCACACUAAAGACGAGACACUACAGUUCCACCAGAGCACCAGUAAGCGGAAAGCUUCUACUUGGCUUCGGGAUGAGAGAGUGGAUCUCUCUUUAUCAGUUUGUGAAGAGACUGAAUCCCUCUGCAGCUCUCAGGCAGAAAUGGAAGAGCUGGCUCCAGGUGAGGCGGUGUACUACACCUGGGCCGAGCCCACCGGCUCAAGAAUACUGAGCUGGAAAUGGGGCAAAUACAAAGGAGAGCUCAAGAGUGAAGAGGACCAGUUGUCGGAUGUGAACAAGGAGGGAACAUUUUUUGUCAUCUCAUUUUAUGAAGGCCUCCAGCGUGUGGCGCUUUUCACCACCGAGUCGCGUGUCUUCAAGAAGAUUCGCGAUAACGAGAAAAUAGAGCUGGCAGAACAGGAAACCUGCAUCUCGUUACAGAACAUGGGCAUUUCACUGGUCAACAACACCGCCAGCCAGGAAGUGGCCUUCAUUGGCAUCACCAGUUCUGAUGUGGUGUGGGAAACCAAGCCUAAGAUGCGCAGCCGAUGGAAGGUUUUGAGUGUUAAAGAAGCGGCGAUGUUGGAGCAGCGCUACAGAGAUUAUAUGGAGAGCGGGCCAGUAGACAGCAUCGUCAUUGACCUAGAGAACGACUACCAGGUGUUGUUUGCUGCUAAUGGGGUGGAAAUGAGGAUAAUGCAGCCCUUUGAUGCACCGCUCAGGAGGAACUUCCUGCCAGCACUAAAGGUGGAGUACAGUGUCUCCACCCGCCAGAAAACCUACCGAGUCCAGAUCAACAGGAUUCAGAUCCAAAAUCAGUUGCCUGGAGCCAUCUUCCCAUUUGUGUUCUACCCCAUCAAACCUCCCAAAUCAGUCAGCAUGGACUCAGAGCCCAAACCACUCGCUGAUGUCAGCAUCAUCACCAGAGCAGCCGGACAUUCAGACAUUCUUCGCAUCAAGUAUUUUAAAGUGUUGAUUCAGGAGAUGGACCUGCGGAUAGAUCUUGGGUUCCUGUAUGCCAUACUUGAGCUCUUCACUGCCGAGCACGCCAGUGCUGUCACGUCUGAACAGGAGGUGGAGUUGUUUGAGAAGGACAUUGAUUAUCUGAAGACAGAGUUGAAUCAUAGUUCAGCGACAGACACGUCACCCAUCAGCCUGUACGAGUACUUCCACAUCUCGCCCAUCAAGCUUCACUUGAGUUUCUCUCUGAGCACCGGUGGUGAAGACGGGAAUAAGAAAGAGAGAGAGAGAGAGGUCAUUCCUGUUCAGUCUCUCAACCUCCUGCUGAAGAGCAUUGGAGCAACACUCACUGAUGCUCAGGACGUCCUCUUCAAACUUGCAUUUUUUGAGCUGACGUACCAGUUCCGCACCACUCAGCAGCUGCAGUCGGAGGUCAUCCGCCAUUAUUCCAAACAGGCUAUCAAGCAGAUGUAUGUUCUGGUUUUGGGUUUAGAUGUCCUCGGGAAUCCAUUCGGACUGAUCCGCGGUCUGUCUGAAGGUGUCGAGGCCUUCUUUUAUGAGCCUUAUCAGGGUGCCAUACAGGGACCAGAGGAGUUUAUGGAGGGCAUGGCACUCGGUGUGAAGGCUCUGGUUGGAGGAGCUGUGGGCGGUCUGGCCGGAGCGGCGUCUCGGAUCACAGGAGCAAUGGCUAAAGGUGUGGCCGCCAUGACCAUGGAUGAGGAGUAUCAGCAGAAGAGACGAGAGGCCAUGAACAAGCAGCCCAGCGGACUGAGAGAAGGCCUGACACGAGGAGGGAAGGGACUCGUCUCUGGGUUUGUGAGCGGCAUCACGGGCAUUGUGACUAAACCCAUUAAAGGAGCUCAGAAGGAAGGAGCGGCGGGUUUCUUUAAGGGUGUGGGCAAAGGUUUGGUCGGAGCUCUGACCAGACCAACAGGGGGCAUCAUUGACAUGGCCAGCAGCACCUUUCAAGGCAUCAAAAGAGCUGCGGAGACGUCUCAGGAUGUGGAGAGUUUACGUCCUCCUCGUUUCAUCCAUGAGGAUGGAGUCAUCCGGCCGUAUAAGGAGAGAGAGGGCAUAGGCAGACAGAUGCUGCAGAAUAUUGAAAACGGACGGUUUGCCAAGUACAGAUACUUUGCUCAUGCUAAGGUGAACGAAUCAGAUUUCCUGAUGAUCACUAAAAGGGGGAUAUUUUUUGUGACUAAGGGCACAUUUGGGCAGCUGACGUGUGAGUGGCAGUAUCUGUUUGAUGAGUUUACCAAAGCGCCCAUGAUCGUGGAGGGCAGGAGAUUGCGCAUAGAAGCGAAGGAGCGAGUCAAAUCAGUGUUUCAUGCCAAAGAGUUUGGGAAGAUCAUCAAUUUCAAAACUCCAGAACUAGCAAAGUGGGUUCUUGCCAAGCUUGAAGAUGCCAGGGAAAGUCUGCCGAAGUAAGGACAGUUAAAGUGACAUGCGGUGAUCCUGCGCUCUGCUGUGUGCCUUUAUGCUGCUUUUGCAGUGUGCCACUUCACAUUAUACCCACAAUGCAACAGUCAUUCACUAAACCAUGAAUACCACACUGGUAAUGACUGUUAGACUGUGUGUGUGUUUGUGUUCAGUUUACAUUAUAUUGAACCUUUCUUUCCCCCUCACUGUCUGAGCUCAGUCUGUCAAAAUUCCUUAUUUGCUUGAACACCAAUCUCAUUUACAUUUUAAGUCUUUAUAGCGUGCCUGUACAUGCAGUUCAGCGACUCGAAACACGUCUCUUAACUAAAGCCACGCUAAAGUGUAGAUUAAGGUGUCAUUUUAUACACAUUAAUAAAGACCAGUGCACUGUAUGUAUUUUAUUUGUCUUUACAUGUGGGAAUGUGUGUCGCAUUUAAACAGAAAUGACCAGGAAUGUUUGAAAAUGGGGGAGAGCAGGGAUAUUUUUUUAAUAUGUGGCUUUGCAUGAAAUGAUAUUUUGUUUCUCAGUGUGUUUAAUUAAUUCUAUAGCUUGUCUUAAUACUUGACGGUAAACACUCGAUGGCUUCUUGACUGCUUUGUCUAUAUGCAGCCACGCUGAGUUACUGAAUAACUGUAAAAUAACAUAAAUAUGCAACUGUUUAUUAUUUAGCUUUUCAGUAAAGCUAUUGUUGUCCAUUUUCUUAAUGAAUGUCAAUGAAUUGACAUUAAAGUCGACAUGAAAUCAAAACUGACCCUAUUUAUUGAUCCUAAUGUCAAUAAGGCCUCUUGGGCAACCUGUAAAUGAUGUACACCAAUAAAGUAUCUCUUCAGUCCU